CUGCUUGUCACACUGAUCUCACACACUCUCCGCUGGACUUGGGGCUACUACUGGCUGCAUCUGAAAGGCUGAAACUCUCUGGGAAUAAAGAAUCCUUGUAACAAUGCCAGAACCCACCAAGAAGGAUGAAACUGAAAAUGAAAGUGCACCGCCACCUCCAGAACAAAAAGCACCACAGGAGGGUGGAAAUGAAAAGGGCAAAGUAUGGUCUCUUGGAGAAGGAGCUCCAGAGGAGUCGGAGAAGCGUGAUGAUGAUGCCCAAAGAUCCACUCUAUUCGUCGAGAAACCUCAGAGUGGAACAGUGAGUGUUGGUGGGAAUAUUACAUUUAUAGCCAAAGUAGAAGCCAAAGAUCUUCUCCGAAAGCCAAACGUUAAGUGGUUUAAAGGAAAAUGGAUGGAUCUGGCCAGCAAAGCAGGGAAGCACCUGCAGCUGAAGGAGUCCUUUGAGCGUCACACCAAGAUUCAUACAUUUGAGAUGCAGAUCAUCAAAGCUAAGGAAAACUAUGCAGGGAACUAUCGCUGUGAAGUGUCUUACAAGGACAAGUUUGAUAGCUGCUCUUUUGACCUUGAAGUCACUGAAUCUUCCCAAGCUGCUCCAUCCAUUGACAUCAGAUCUGCUUUCAAAAGAAGUGGUGAAGGACAAGAGGAUGCAGGAGAACUUGACUUUAGUGGUCUCCUGAAACGUAGGGAGGUCAAGCAGCAAGAGGAGGAGCCCGAGGUGGACGUGUGGGAUCUGCUGAAGAACGCGAACCCCAGCGAGUACGAGAAGAUCGCGUUCCAGUAUGGCAUCACCGACCUGCGGGGCAUGCUGAAACGCCUGAAGCGCAUGCGCAGGGAGGUGAAGAAGAGUGCAGCUUUUGCCAAAGGCCUCGAUCCUGCAUACCAGGUGGACAAAGGAGGUAAAGUCAGAUUCAUGGUGGAGCUAGCAGAUCCAACAGUGGAGCUCAAGUGGUACAAAAAUGGCCAAGAGAUACGACCAAGUGCAAAAUACAUUUUUGAGCACAAAGGAAACCAGAGAAUUUUGUUCAUCAAUAACUGCACGAUGACAGACGAUGCUCGCUAUUACGUAACAGCUGGUGAUGAGAAAUGCUCCACAGAACUGUUUGUGAGAGAUCCUCCAAUUUUGGUGACCAAAGGCCUGGAGGACACCAGCACCUAUGUUGGGGAACGAGUAGAGCUGAGCUGUGAAGUGUCUGAGGAUGAUGCAAAUGUGAAAUGGUUUAGAAAUGGUGUAGAACUUUCCAACGAUCCCAAAUCUCGGUAUCGGAUUAAGGUUGAGGGUAAAAAACACACUUUGGUCAUAGAGGAAGCUGCCAAAAAUGACACUGCAACCUACUCAGUAAUGACAACUGGAGGGCAAUCAGAAGCCAAGCUUUCAGUUGACUUGAGACCUCUGAAGAUAUCACUUGCACUAGAAGACCAGACUGUAAGGCUGGGACAGGAAAUCCACUUGAAGUGUGAGAUAUCUGAGAAUGUGGAAGGGAAAUGGUACAAAAAUGGGCAGCUGAUUGAAGCCAGUGACCGUGUAAAGCUUUAUCACAAAGGAAGAAUCCACAGAUUUGUUAUACCAGUUUCUGCUGUCGAUGAUGAGGGUGAAUACAUGUUUGUGCCAGACGCCUACAACAUUAAUAUUCCAUGCAAAGUACAUAUUGUGGAUCCUCCUAAACUUCACCUGGAUGGUCUUGGGGAAAACAACACUGUGACAGUCGUGGCAGGAAACAAACUACGACUCGAGAUCCCCAUCACUGGUGAACCACCUCCAAAAGUCUUUUGGAGUAGAGGGGACAAGAUGGUCACAGACAGUGGAAGAAUCCGGGCAGAAUCCUACCCAGACAGCAGCUGCCUGGUCAUUGAUGCAGCUGAGAGGGAGGAUUCAGGUCCUUUCAGAAUCACCUUAAAGAAUGAGGCUGGAGAGGACACAGCUCUGAUCAACAUCAAAGUGGUUGAUGUUCCUGAUCCUCCUCAGGCACCAAAUGUGACUGAGGUGGGUGAAGACUGGUGUAUUAUGACCUGGGAACCUCCAGCAAAUGAUGGUGGAUCACCCAUUUUAGGAUAUUUCAUUGAGAGGAAAAAGAAACAAAGCUCCAGGUGGAUGAGGCUGAAUUUUGAACUGUGCAAGGAAACAACUUUUGAGCCGAAGAAAAUGAUUGAAGGUGUUGCUUAUGAGGUCCGUGUGUUUGCUGUCAAUGCCAUUGGCAUGUCCAAGCCAAGCAUGCCCUCCAAGUCCUUCGUUCCUUUAGCUGUCACCAGCCCCCCAACCAUGCUGGCAGUGGACAGUGUGACCGACACCUCAGUGACAAUGAAGUGGAGGCCCCCGGACCAGAUCGGGGCUGCGGGGCUGGACGGCUACGUGGUGGAAUACUGCUUUGAAGGAAGUAUCAGGUGCUCUGGCUGUCAGGCAGAGACUAAUCAGGCAGAAAACCUCAAGGAGCAGGGUUUUGGUCAGGCUUCCUUUGAUGGAUUCUCUCAAGGUAUAUCGACAGAUCAGUCUGAGGAAUUGGGGGAGCCACCUUUUAACCUGGAAGCUGAUGAAUGGAUCGUGGCUAACCCAGAGCUGACAGACAAAACAAAGUUCACCAUCAAUGGCCUUCCAACUGGCUCGAAAAUCCUUGUGAGAGUAAAAGCUGUGAAUGCUGCUGGUGAAAGUGAGCCCAAGUACCACCCACAGCCUAUUUUAGUCAAGGAAGUGAUAGAACCUCCAAAGAUUCGUCUACCAAGACACUUAAAACAAACCUAUACUCGAAGAGUUGGAGAAACUGUGAAUCUUGUUAUUCCUUUCCAGGGAAAACCAAGGGCGAAAGUAUCGUGGGAGAAGAACGGUUCUCCGAUUGACAAGAACGACAUCAACAUCCGUAACACGGAGCACGACACCAUCAUCUUCAUCAGGAAGGCAGAGCGGGGCCACUCCGGAGAGUACGACAUGAAAGUGGAGGUGGAGAACCUGGUGGACAAAGCCACCAUAGACAUUCAGAUCGUUGAUCGCCCAGGCCCACCAGAGGUUGUGACUAUUGAGGAUGUCUGGGGAGAGAAUGUGAAUUUAUCAUGGAAGCCACCAAAAGAUGAUGGCAAUGCUGCCAUUACUGGGUACACUAUUCAAAAAGCAGAUAAGAAGAGUAUGGAGUGGUUCACCGUGAUCGAGCACUACCACCGCACCAGUGCCACCAUCAAUGAGCUGGUCAUAGGCAACGAGUACUACUUCAGGGUCUUUGCCGAGAACAUGUGCGGCCUCAGCGAGGAUGCAACCAUGACCAAAGAGAGUGCUCUGAUUGCCAAGGAUGGUAAAGUGUACAAAUACCCAGUGUACGAUGACUUUGACUUCAGUGAGCGGCCGCUGUUCACGCAGCCCCUGGUGAACACGUUUGCUGUCGCUGGCUACAACGCCACCCUGAACUGCAGCGUCAGGGGCAACCCCAAGCCCAAAAUAACGUGGAUGAAAAACAAAGUGCUGAUAAUGAAUGACCCGAGGUACAGGAUGUUCAGCAACCAAGGUGUGUGCACCUUGGAGAUCCGCAAGCCCAGCCCCUACGACGGAGGCACCUACACCUGCAGAGCUGUCAACGAGCUGGGAGAGGCAGAGGUGGACUGCAAACUGGAAGUGAGAGUUACACAGUAAGGAUUUUUGAAUGUAUAGUGUCAUCUAAGGUGGGCUUUCAUUCUUCAAGCUAUUAAUGGAUGGAGUGCCUCCGCACAUCAUUGACUCGUAUAUGCGUGAAGUGCAGGCAGACAAAACUGAAGGGAAGUGAGAGUCCGUCCACAGUGCUUCCUCCACUGCACUGGAAGCUGGUAGCAGAAUAAUAACAUCAUUUUAGUUCUUGCAACGACAGAAAAACAUGUGUGGUGGGGGAUUUUAUGACCUGGGUUUUUUUCCCCUUAAUUGUCCUUUUGUUUUCCCUACCUGCUCUUACUGAAAAGAAAGAAUUACGCAUGGAUUGCUUUGAGGUUGAAAUGAAAUGAACUGAAGACAACACACGUUUUGUAAUGUUCGGCUUUCUGUUUGGUAUCGUGUUCUGGUUUUUAAUGAGGAAAGAGGGGAAGCUGUGUAACAAGCACAAGGAAGCAGUCAGUCUGUUCUCAGUGGUACAAAGCAUAUCUUUCUCAGACUGGAAGUACAUGGAUUAGCCAGUAGAUGUGCAAUAAGAUCCUUGGAAUACAUACCUCUGAUAAUGUAUCUUAUUCACCCAAGAAUUGUUUAACAGAAUAUGGUUUUACUAUAAUGUAACUAAUGCAUAUGUAAUUAAUGAUCAUUUAAGCUGAACAUAUCUUCCUAUAGAAGUUUUGAUUUCCUAAAUCCAACCCACUGGUCUCUCAACUUAACUG